AUGGUUUGUCUUAUGAAAACUGCCGUUGCUUACGCAGCCAGCGCUGUCGCGCUCGAGGCAUCUUCGUUACUGCGCGAACGAAACGGAGGCGCCCUAAUCCAGAGAGCAUCAUGCACUCCCACUACUUCCACCUCCUCGAAAGAUGACGUACCAUCUAUCGUCGCCGCCAUCCAGAAGUGCGGAAACGGUGGCAUCAUCUUGAUCCCGAAAGGUACGACCUACACGAUCGGCUCAACUCUCGACUUCGCCGGAUGUAGCAACUGCGACUUCCAACUUGAAGGCACUCUGAAGGUCUCCGAAGACUUCACCUACUGGAACGGCAAACAGUCCAUCAUCAACGUCAAGAAAGUCACGGAUGCCAAGAUUCGCAGUCUUACUGGAUCCGGGGUGAUCGAUGGCAACGGCCAAGGGUCGUGGGAUAAGUUUGCCUCGGACAGCACAUACGACAGGCCGACCCUGCUCUACAUCACCGGGUCAUCAAACAUCCAAGUUUCAGGCAUUGCCGUCAAGAACCCUCCCUCCUUUGGUCUCUCAGCCGCCGGCGGUUCGACGAACGUCAAUUUCCGCGACAUCUCCCUUUCCGCGGUGUCAACGUCCACCAACCUGCCUAAGAACACGGAUGGAUUUGACAUUGGCCCCGCCACGAACGUCAACCUCCAGAACAUCACAGUCGUCAACGACGACGACUGCGUCGCACUCAAGUCCGGAGCUGACGGUGUUGAGAUCAGGGACAUCACCUGUUCCGGCAGUCACGGUCUGAGCAUUGGAAGUCUAGGCAAGACGACCGGUAGCACAGACUUUGUCAAGAACGUCUUCGUCGGCAACGCGGUCAUGAAAGCCUCUACCAAGGCCGCCGGGAUCAAAGUCUACCCCGGUGGAAGCACGCACGGGAUCGCGACUGUCAGCAACAUCACCUGGGACGGGGUCGUUCUCGACAACAGCGACUAUGCUUUUCAGCUUCAGACCUGCUACGGCGAGACCGCGGACUUCUGCAAGUCGAACCCCCCGACUGCCCAAAUCACCGACAUCUUUGUGAAGAAUUUCUCCGGAACCACAUCAGCAAAGUACAAGGGCGUGACAGCAAACAUCGACUGUCCGGUCAAAGGAUCCUGCAAGAUUGCCUUCAGUAACUGGAAAGUGAAGCCAGCUAGCGGCAGUGCUACUGUCGCCUGUGCCAAUUCCAGUGGGAUUAGUGGCGUGACCUGCUCUUCUGGAGCCUCUGGAUAG